AUAUAUCAUAGAAGAAAAAUGAGCCUCGAAGGAAAGUUGGUUUCUGAGAUAAACAUCAAGUGUGAUGGAGAUGUUUUUCAUGAAGUAUUUAGGCACAGACCACACCAUAUCUCCAACAUGUCCCCUGAUAAGAUACAAAAUGUGGAUGUUCAUGAAGGUGUAUGGGGCACUGUUGGCUCUAUUAAUUAUUGGAACUUCAUUCAUGAUGGGAAAGAAGCGGUGGCAAAGGAGGAAGUCGAAGAAAUAGAUGAAGAAAAGAAGCUGAUUAAAAAAAGGAUAAUUGAAGGUGAUUUGUUGGAGGAUUACAAAUCAUUUUACAUCACUCUUCAUGUUGAGACAAAGGGUGAAAACAAUUUAGUUACUUGGAUUAUUGAAUAUGAAAAGAAGAAUGCUAAUGUGCUAGAUCCACAUACGUUCAUGGAAUUACUACUCAAUGUAACCAAAGAUAUUGAGAAUCACCACAUCAAGUGA